AUGGUAAUGGACAACCAAUCUGUUAUCACUCAGUUCCUCCUCUUGGGACUGCCCAUUGCUCCGAAGCACCAGCACCUGUUCUAUGCCCUGUUCCUGGCCAUGUACCUCACCGCCAUCCUGGGGAACCUCAUCAUCAUCAUCCUCAUUAUACUGGACUCCCAUCUCCACACACCCAUGUACUUGUUUCUCAGCAACUUGUCCUUCUCUGAUCUCUGCUUUUCCUCUGUCACAAUGCCUAAGUUGCUGCAGAACAUGCAGAGUCAGGACACAUCUAUCUCCUAUGCUGGCUGUCUGACACAAAUGUACUUUUUCAUGGUCUUUGCAGACAUGGAGAACUUCCUUCUUGUGGUCAUGGCCUAUGACCGCUAUGUGACCAUCUGCUUCCCCCUUCAUUACAUGAGCAUCAUGAGCCCCAAGCUCUGUGUGUAUGUGGUGGUACUGUUCUGGGCACUUACUGUGUUUUACUCCAUGUUACACACCCUACUCAUGGCUAGAUUGUCGUUCUGUGAGGACAAUGUGAUCGCCCAUUUUUUCUGUGACAUAUCUGCCCUGCUUAAAUUGGCCUGCUCUGAUAUUUAUAUUAAUGAACUAUUGAUAUUUAUCUUAGGAGGGUUUGUUGUUGUCAUCCCUUUCUUACUCAUUGUUGUGUCCUAUGUACAAAUUCUCUCUUCCAUCCUAAAGGUGUCAUCUACUCAGGGUAUACUCAAGGUCUUCUCCACUUGUGGCUCCCACCUGUCUGUGGUCUCACUGUUCUAUGGGACAAUUAUUGGUCUGUAUUUAUGUCCAUCAGCUAAUAACUCUACAAUGAAAGUGGCUUCCAUGUCCCUGAUGUACACAGUGGUGACUCCCAUGCUGAAUCCUUUCAUCUACAGCCUGAGGAACAGAGAUAUUAAAGAUGCCCUGAUAAGAGUCCUUUGCAAGAAAAAAAUCACAAUGUAA